GAGAGGAGCCUGAAUUCAACGUGCUCUCCAGGUUGGGAUCCGAGCCUCCAGUCCAGCACCUUCCAGAUGCAUCCAUCCGUGCUGCUGCUGCUGCUGUGCGGCUGGAGCGCGUCCAGCCACAGUCUGCCUCCGAAGGAAGUACCGCUUCUGCCAAGCACGAAUAAAUCUGCCAUCAUUGAUGAAAUGCUUUGCUUACUUGAAAAUGAGGACGCAUCUUUAGAUAAGCAGCUCGCCACGCCGACCUGCAUAAGGUGCACAAACUGUGCCUGUAACAACACUGAUGAGUUUAUUGAACAGCUAGACAAGUUGGAAUCUCCGUGUAUGAAGAUAGUUAAAAGCGAUAUGACAAAGCUAAGAAACAACUGCUCCAUUUUGAAGAAAAAAUCAGCCCAUGAAAAUUCCUGCACAGAGAUCAGAGCAGAUUUCCUCAAAUUCAGAAGCAACCUGGAGGAAUUCUUGAAAUGGCUCAUCCGGACAAACAACUGCAGGAACAUCGUGAGGGAUGAGUCGGAUCUGGUUGGCAGCAGCGAAAGCAGCUGUUCUCUGCUGCAGAAGUACUGCAGAGAGUAGCUGUAAGAGCAGUUCCUACAGCAGCAGUGGGGCUGCCUGGAGAUGGGGGGAAAAGAGGGGAUUCCACAAAACAUGAAUCUGUGCUAAGAGCUAAUGCAAGUAAGUGACUGAAAGCCAAAGACAUCAAUUAAAACUUUAUCGACCACGCACA